GAAAAGCAUAUUUCUUGUUUAAACUACUAUAUGCAUAUAAUAAAAGCUAAAUUUAAAAAAGUUUUUGGAAAAAUAGACAUUUUAAUUUUGGGUAAAAAUGACCCUAAAAUACCAUCUAGAUUCUAGCUUACCUAUAACAGUGCAUCUAGAUUGUGGUUGCAAUAAUUUGCAAAGAGAUCCAAAAAUUUAUGGAAAUGCGAGAAAAAUCGAAAGUAAAAUUAGCACGAACGAAGUUGAGGAACCUGUUUAUGAGGGCAUGUCACUUAUUCCGGGAGGCGUGUAUACAAUAGGGUGUAAAAAGGAAGAUGCAAUAUUUGUGGAAGAUAAUGAGUACCCGCAAAAGACUGUUAAAUUAAGUGACUUUUAUUUAGAUAAGUACGAAGUAUCUAACAGUAUGUUUCAAAAAUUUGUUGAUAAAACUUCAUAUACAACUGAGGCUGAAAAAUUCGGCGAUAGCUUCAUAUUUCAAGAACACUUAUCUGAAAAUGUGAAAAAGCUGUACAAAGACUUUAGAGUUGCUAAUGCUUUAUGGUGGUAUAAAAUAAAUGGAACGAGCUGGAAACAUCCCUUUGGGCCAGAAUCAAAUUUGAACGGAUCUGAAGAAUAUCCAGUAGUCCAUGUUUCAUGGAAUGAUGCAAACGCUUAUUGUAAUUGGUUAGGGAAAAGAUUGCCAACCGAAGCAGAAUGGGAAGUAGCUUGUAGAGGUGGAAAAGAAAAUAGACUGUUUCCAUGGGGAAAUAAGCUCAUGCCCAAUAAUCAGCAUAAAAUGAAUAUUUGGCAAGGAAAAUUUCCAGAAGAAAAUAUCGGGGAAGAUGGUUUUGUUGGUUUAUGUCCUACUAAGGAAUUCUCCCAAAAUAUUUAUGAUUUACACAACAUAAUAGGUAAUGUUUGGGAAUGGACACAAGAUAAUUGGAAUUCUGGUGAUAAAUCAGACCCUCAAAGCAGAGUUAAAAAAGGUGGAUCUUAUUUGUGUCAUAAAUCUUAUUGCUAUAGGUAUCGAUGUGGUGCCAGAUCUCAGAACACAGAAGACAGCUCUGCUGGAAAUCUGGGAUUUCGAUGUGCUAAAAGUUUGUGAUAAUAUCAAAAUGAGCAGUUAUUAAAACGUUUUUUCCAAAAAUAAGUUAUUCAAUAUUC